AUGUACUAUUAUGUUGGGGUAUAUAUAUCUCCAACUCAUACUAUGCCAAAUAGAUACACUAUGUUUCUAUCUAUAAAUAUAGAAAGUGAUGCUUCAUCAAUAAUAGGAAUUACUAAGAAACGGAGGUUCCAAGGAUAUUCCUUUAAGAAAACAAAAGAAUCUGAGGAGGAUCUAUGUGAACCCUUAAACGCUAAUCACAGUAUAAUUAAUAAGUUACCUUACUUUAUAAAAAAAAAAUUAAUAAAUGGGAAAUGGAGGAAUUCAGUUAAGAAUAAAGCACAGGGGUUUAAACUAUCAAAUAAAGGACCAAAAACUAUAGACAAGAACACUACUCAAGCAGAUACAACUUUGUCAAAUGAGCUCAUUUAUGAAAAAGUAUCUCUUUUAGACUAUUCACUAUCUGAAUUCAGAGAGCAGAAAUCAGUGACUGAAAAUAAUAUAGAAAAAGAUAGUUUAUAUAUAAAUGAUACUACAAAUAUAUUUUCAGAGACUUUAUUUAAGACUCUCAAACUUUAUAAUCUACAGAGUAAACCAUCUAAGUCACCUUUUCAUAAAGGUUAUAAUAACAGUACAAAUAUUAAACCUAAAUAUAAGAAAAUUCCAACUAAAGAUUUAAGUGAUAAUGUAUUUAAAAAUGAAAUAAUUCAAAUGAUAUACUUUAGAUCUUUGUUAGAAGAUAACAAUAUUAAUGAAGUUUCAAAAUAUGAAGAACUUCCAGUAAGUUUAUUAUUGAUAAUUUUGAGGACAUAA